AUGUGGGGUCAGAUGGGUGGACAGACCCCCGUGAUGGAGGAUCCUUUCACACGAGCAGGUAACCCCGAUCUGGUCAACAGUGAGAUCGAUGAACAAGAGAAACACCACCUUCCUCAGUCAUAUGGUUUGACAUACAAUCAUCAGAUGCUCAUCUGGAAAAGAAAUCUCCCUUCAACUAAGCUUGACAAUCAAUUAACCGUCUCUCUGAUGAAGAGACGUCCGACUUUCGAGCGCAAAACCAAUCACCAGUCAGUGUACACAAUACCCGAAGAAGACCAAACAACUGUCAAUACCAAACGCAGAUCUCAGCGAUGGAACGCUAUUACUGGCCGAAGUGGAAGUGUGUUUUUGAAAGAAGGGGAGACGUACGAGGCCAUGGAUCCUGACCUCUUGAUAUCGAACGUUGAUUGGACUCCACCACCUAGUGAUACAGUGGAAGAUCCGGAGUUAUGGGAUUAUUAUGAUAGGAUCAAACGAACCGAUGCCCCAACCAUUGAAUCCACUGCUCAAAACGAGAUUCACAAGCGUACGUUAAAAAAACGUUGUGAUUAUCACACCAGACGAUUGAAGUUGCUCAAGAUCGUCGCCGCGAAUACAUAUCGACGAUCUUAUACUAAAGCCACCAUGGAUCGUGCGAAGGAACUUCAAACUGAAGGGGAAGAAAUAAUUCGUUCGUGUGCGCAAGUCAGCGACGCGGAAGCGCUGUCGGGAUGGUAUAAAAGAUCGACUACUUAUGAAUUAUCACUGGGAAACUUCGAAGUUAGAGAGAUAUGGGGUAAUACGGAAAGACCGCAUUCGGAGCAACCCUUCUUAAUAUCACCUGAUAGUAGUCGAAGGUUUCAACUUGAGCAUACUGAUAUGACGUAUAUUAUAUAG